AUGAUGUUUCAAUUUACUUCAAGCUCAUUUACAGAGCUAUUGAACAAUACUUCAACCAGGCAGGGAUUGACUUACGAUCGGAUUGUUGGUGGAUCAACUGCUGCUUUAAUCGACUUCUCAUAUUUGGUUUCCCUUCAACGAGCAACGACAACUGGAUAUAAACAUUACUGUGCUGGUUCCUUGAUUAAAUCUAAUAUUGUUUUGACUGCAGCUCAUUGUAUCUCCAGGAUUAAAAUUAAAAAUUUACUUCUGGUAACCCAAGGAAAAUCUGGUUCACAGAAACAUUUCCACCAAGUAUCCGAGGCAGUUAUCCACUACAAUUAUAAUGAAAUUGGACAUUUAAAUGAUUUAGCUUUACUCUUUCUGGUUGACCAUAUUCCUGUAUCUAAAUUGGGUUUAACCACAAUUGCUCUGCCCUCGAUAAAAUUAGUUAACCAACGAUAUUAUGGCUAUUUACCGAGUCGUCUAACAGUCAUUGGUUGGGGUAACAAUUAUGGAUCUAGAUUAUUGAGAAAAGCUAAUCUCAUUAUCCAUAGUGACAUUGAGUGUAAAUUUUAUCAUGGGAUGUCUUAUCGUCAGGGUAUGAUUUGUGCAGGUGGUAAUGGAGUAGCUAGUUGUUUUGGUGAUUCUGGAGGUCCGCUGAUUUUAAGGAGAGGAUCCAAAAGUAAUAAAGAUGUCCUGUUUGGUAUUGUUUCAUGGGGACCCGAGAAUUGUGGUGUCCGACCGACUGUAUUUACUAAUGUCAUACAUUACCUCAAUUGGAUCAAAGUAACAAUGCAAAGAUAUAUCAGAUGAAAGUUGAGCGGAAAAUGGCGAAAUUUCAAUGUAUUGCUUACAUUUUUCAAGUAUUGUUGUGAUCCUCAUGUGAUCAUCACUCAGUAAAAGCUCAAUUCAUACAAUA